AUGAAUCCCCACCAGCAGAACAAAGUGGACAUCAACUCGUUGAGCCCAGAGGAGCAGCGUCUGCUGCGCCUCUACGGCAAGAUGCCCACCAAGAAAGACGUCCUCCAGAACAAGCUCAAGGAACGCAAAUACUUCGAUUCGGGUGACUACGCUCUCAGCAAAGCCGGCAAAGCCUCCGACCUAGGCGUCACCAACAUCGGGUCACGCCACCCAGUGCCGGAGAACAUCCCGCACCUAAUCUCAACCUCACCAGGCCACAACAACUCUGUCAGCAAUGGAAGUGUGAGCUCCCAGGGCGGGCAGAUUCCCGGCAGCAUCAGCGGACACCCUGGCUCGGUCGGGUUCCAAAGCCGCAGCCCGAUCAAGGAGGGGGGUAGCUACCUACACCGUGGUACUAGUAUCAGUGAGGGUGAGGCAGGCUCUGGUCUGGCCUCUGAACCAGUGCAGAGUGAGCAGGAGCUUAGUGUUAGCCCCCCUCCCGCGAGAGAGGGUGUUCCUAUCCGUCGAUAG